AUGGAAACAGCCCAUAUGAUACUUUCCAGUAAUUUUGGCAACCCUUUCAAUAGCAGACCCUCACCCACUUUUGCCUUUGAGAACCAGGUGUUUCCUUUCGCAGACAAGUACGUUAUAUGUGGAGAUUUGAAUAUCGACACCUGUGAAGCCAGGAUAGAAUCGUUCGAGUUGAAGUUGAACCAACACGUUCGUCAGACCAUCUACACAAUGGCAGGACCGGGAUACAAAGUGCGAGAAGUGUGUAACACUACUUCGCAGAUGGUGAACCUUGACUACAGUAAACUUGAAGGUACCUAUAAAAUCCCCUUUUUUUUCAUCUGUGAUAUGCCGACCACCAAGAGUGAACAUUUCAGCCAGUAUUACGAGUUGGAAAUGAUUUUAGUGACCCCUCGGCGAAAGUACAAUGUUAAGGAGUUGGUGAAUGUACGGAAACAAACUCGUCCACAAACCCUCUCGAUCACCGCAAAUUUUCACAAGCAAGAAUUCGUGCUAACAACUCCUAAACUGUUCUACAAAAAUCAGACAAAUGUCGUCCGAUUUGAGUACCCCGGGGAGGUGUAUGUGUGUGUGUUUGUGGUGGAGCGGAUCUCUGUAUCGGUGACCAAUGGAGAAAACUACAGUGUUUCUGCCCGCAAAAAAGUGUACGAUGGGACCAAAAGAGAAGUCAGCAUUCCAGGAAAAGUUCUUAAACAGAUGAGUUCAGGAUAUGUCUCGAAGCUUGCAUGCUGCGAACACCAACUCGAAGUGAAAGUCAGCGUUUCUGGAAAGAUUUGGACUGUUAAAUUGUCCAUUGACGUGGAAGCAGAAAAACCGGCGUCAUUUCCUCCAACAUAUACUGACAUAGAGGAGCUUCCACGUUACGAGCGGUAA